GCGAGCGAGCGAGGCCGAUGUGGAUGAAGACUUGUGCGAAUCAUGAAUGAUGGUGUUCUUGUAACACUUGAAUAGGCGGAACAUGAGGGAACAACAGCAUUUCAACCUUAACAUCUGUCCGGUGGCCAAGCUGCAAUCCAUAAUUCAUGCUCGUGAACGUAAAGUUAUUUUUGAGUUGAACAUCGGAUUUCAACGUUGGGUAGCCUAGCACGUCUUCGGGUAGCCUACCAACCGUGCACAGCCUAGUCACCUGCCUCGACUCCCGCUCUUCAACCCUCCCUCUUCUCCAGCAUCGCGGCUCUGGUGGUGGACGGGUGUAGUCUGGUAUAUGGGUGUUGAACUGAUGUCUCCGCCUGUUAGGAAUCUAAAGUGCCCCUCGCCGGUGAUGUGUCAGUGUAAGGUCAUCUGCAGCAACCGGACUCUCUCCCUCAUGUUCGGUUGCAAGAAGUACCGGUACCAGGAUGAGGAGACGCCCCCCUUGGAGCACAGUCCAGCCCAUCUGGGUCAAGGGAAAAGUGCUGAAAUGCUUCACAUGAGUGACAAGAACCUCGCCGCCAUGGAGGCAAUGCAUGGCUACACGCCGCACACACACAUCUCCCCUAUCAAGCCGGUGUUGAUGUCGUCAGGCCACAAUCCUAUGUACACCUCUGCUGUUUCCACACUGGGGAAUUCUCCUCCAGUGGUGGUGAAUACUGACACGCUCGACGGCUCUCCCUACGUCAACGGGACAGAGGGGGAAAUUGAGUAUGAAGAGAUUACACUGGAACGAGGUAACUCAGGCCUGGGCUUCAGUAUAGCUGGGGGGACAGAUAACCCUCAUGUUGGUGAUGACCCCAGCAUCUUCAUCACCAAGAUCAUCCCUGGAGGAGCUGCGGCCCAGGACGGACGGCUGAGUGUGAAUGACAGUAUCCUGUUUGUGAAUGAUGUGGAUGUGAGGGAGGUGACCCACAGUCUGGCAGUGGAGGCUCUGAAGGAGGCGGGGGCCAUCGUCCGCCUCUACGUGCUCCGCAGGAAACCAGCCGCAGAGAAAGUCACCGAGAUCAAACUCAUCAAAGGGCCGAAAGGUCUAGGUUUCAGCAUCGCUGGAGGGGUGGGGAACCAGCACAUACCAGGAGACAACAGCAUCUAUGUCACUAAGAUCAUCGAGGGUGGGGCUGCUCACAAGGACCAGCGGCUGCAGAUAGGGGAUAAGAUACUGGCGGUGAACAGUGUGUGUCUGGAGGACGUGAUGCAUGAGGAUGCAGUGGGAGCCCUGAAGAACACAGCCGAGGUGGUUUACCUCCGGGUGGCCAAGCCUAACAACCUCUACCUGAACUCCUACAACCCGCCAGACCUUACCAGCACUUACUCCGCUCACAUGGACACAGAUCUUGGCCACCCCACCUACCUUGGAUCAGAUUACCCACAAGCCCUCACUCCCACCUCACCCAGUCGCUUCUCUCCAGUGUUGCACAGCAUGAUGGGGGAUGAAGACCUUCCCAGUCUCCUUCUUCCCCUCCAUUUCUCCUCGUCUCUCCCUGACCCCCCGUCCCUCUCCCUCUCCCUCCCCUUCUCCCCUGCUCUCUCUGUCAGGGAGCCUAGGAGAGUGCUGAUCCACCGGGGUUCUACAGGCCUGGGUUUUAACAUCGUGGGAGGAGAGGAUGGAGAGGGGAUCUUUAUCUCCUUCAUCCUGGCGGGGGGGCCUGCCGACCUCAGCGGUGAGCUGCGCAAGGGCGACCAGAUCCUCAGCGUGAAUGGAGUGGACCUGCGUAUCGCCACCCAUGAGCAGGCUGCGGCAGCCCUGAAGAACGCUGGCCAGACUGUCACCAUCAUCGCCCAGUACAGACCAGAGGAGUACAGCCGUUUCGAAGCGAAGAUCCACGACCUGAGGGAACAGCUGAUGAACAGCAGCAUGGGUUCUGGUCAGACGACACUGAGGAGCAACCCCAAGAGAGGCUUCUAUAUCAGGGCCUUGUUUGACUAUGAUAAGACAGCAGACUGUGGUUUCCUGAGCCAGGCGGUGGGCUUCAGGUUUGGUGACGUGCUCCAUGUCCUGGACUGUGGUGAUGAGGAGUGGUGGCAGGCCAGACGGGUCAGUCCUCAGACAGACGUUGAGGAGGUCGGCUUUAUUCCCAGCAAACGCAGGGUAGAAAGGAAAGAGUGGUCUCGCAUGGGCACCAAAGAGAGGGAUCGCAGUCGGGACAGCCUCGGAUCUCAAGGGAGGGACGAUUCUCAACACAGCUAUGAAGCAGUGACACAAGUGGAGGUCCAUUAUGCCAGGCCCAUCAUCAUAUUGGGUCCCAUAAAGGACAGGGUAAAUGAUGACCUGCUGUCGGAGUUCCCUGACAAGUUUGGAUCUUGUGUCCCUCACACCACGCGGCCCAAGCGGGAGUACGAGGUGGACGGGCGGGACUACCACUUUGUGUCGUCACGGGAACAGAUGGAGAAGGAUAUCCAGAGCCACCGGUUCAUCGAGGCGGGCCAGUACAACAGCCACCUAUACGGCACCAGCGUCCAGAGCGUGCGAGAGGUGGCGGAGCAGCAGGGGAAACACUGUAUACUGGACGUGUCGGCCAAUGCUGUCCGCAGACUACAGGCCGCUCAGCUACACCCCAUCGCCAUCUUCGUCCGGCCCAAGUCACUGGAGAAUGUCCUAGAGAUCAACACUCGUCUGACAGAAGAGCAGGCCAGAAAGGGCAUGGACCGUGCUCUCAAGCUGGAACAGGACUUCAUCGAGUGCUUCUCAGCUGUGGUGGAAGGUGACAGCUUCGAGGAGGUUUACCACAAGGUGAAGACGGUGAUCGAGGAGCAGUCGGGGCCUUACAUCUGGAUCCCCACCCGGGAGAGGCUGUGAGGCUGCCCCAUAACCCACCUCCACCCCCCAACCACCCUCAGCCAGUCUGCCCUCCAGCCCAACCAGCGCUCAGAGAGACAUAGAGAGACACACAAACACACACAGGGGGACACGUGAAGAUAGAGACACAUAAUCACACGGAGAGAGAGACACAGAGUAAUACUAAAAGAGAGACACAGGUGUAGAAACCCAGAGAAACAGGUAAGGACAGUAUUUAAUCAGUAUUCAUAUAUAAUCCAUGUGUGGUGAGUACUGAGCGAGACUGGAGAGAGGUGACCAAGUUGGGCGUGGCAAGGCAGGGCGGUGGGCGUCCCCAGAAUAAGCACAGGGUAACGGAUCCGCCAUCUCCCCCUCUCCGUCUCCCUCAGUCUCAUUUGACAUCCCCACUGACAAACACGCGGGCAAAACCAUCAGCAGCCCUUCCGAUCCCUCCUUUUUUAUAUCCCUGAGCCUCCUCUCCUCCUCCUGUCAACUCUCUCUCUCCAUUCAGGACAUGAAACGGAGAGAGAGAGAAAGAGAGAGAGAGAGAGAGAGAGAGAGAGAGAGAGAGAGAGAGAGAGAGAAGGAGUGCAUAGACUAUGGAGGGACACACAGAUCAUAUUGAGUCCCUCUGACCCGGAGGAGGCUCUAUUCUAGUGAAAAGGCUUUGCUCCGUGUAUGAACAACUAGGAACAUCAUCCCACUAAUCAAGACUGGCAUUCGCUCAAUCACCCAUGAAUAGCAUUUUGCGAGGGCAUUUUUUCAAAAGCAGCUCAAAUAUAAACUCAAAUUGUGAAUUUGUGCAUGCGUUCUUAAAGGCAACAGAUAUGGGAGUCCAGGAAAAUGAUGGAAAAUAAGAAGAAGAAGAGGAGAAAUGACUGGGCAGUGCGCACCACCUGUUUCCCCCUCCAUUUUGAUGGGCGGGGAGUUUCUAGCACGUCUCAACAGAGAGAGGAGCAGUACAGAUGGAGAAAGAGGAGGGGCUAACUCACUGUGUGCAUAGACAAUGGAAGACCUCGCGUAUAACCUCUGGGUCUCUUCUGUACGGCACACACAGUCAGCCCGUACAGUAGGGCCGUUCUAAAUCCACCCGGCUCUUCUCCAAAAGCACUGGGCGGUCUGCCCUGUUUGUAAACGGCCAGGCAGAUUCCAUGCUGAAUGUUCUCUUAAGGCACAACAGCAGAGUCCUUAGCUUCAGCGCUUUAGUGUUAAGAGCACCACAGCCAAUUCUCUGAUCACCCUUCCAAAUAGACCCUCAACAACCCACACACAGUGUUCUCACUGGCCUGUGUGUGUGUGUGUGAGAGAGAGUGUGUGUGUGUGAGAGAGAGUGUGUGUGUGUGAGAGAGAGUGUGUGUGUGGACUGUGUGAGGAUUAAAUCUCUCUUCCUCUCUACCACUCUUUCUCUGCCUCUUUCUUUCUCUCUUUCUUUCCUCACAAAUUAAGGCUACGUAUAUAUAACACGUUUAACAGACAAAAUGGCCUAUACAAAUAUAUAUUUUUAAUGACGAUUUAUAACAGGAGUUAGAGCCUGUAAAAUGUAGUAUCUCUUCAACAAUAUUCCAUUGCUUUGUUUGGGUAAACUUUCUCUUGUGUUCAGGGAUUUAUUUUGGUCCUUGACCAUCGAUUUGCCCUUCCACAACACACAGUCCUGACACACAAACACACAAAGAACUGAGAUGUAGCUGAGCUAUAACUGAGAAAUAUCUGAGAUAUAACUGAGAUAUAAAUUAGCUAUAACUGAGAAAUAUCUGAGCUAUAACUGAAAUAUAUCUGAGCUAUAACUGAGCUAUAACUGAGAUAUAACUGAGAUAUGACUGAGAAAUAUAUGAGAUAUAACUGAGAUAUAACUGAGAUAUAACUGAGCUAUAACUGAGAUGACUGAGAUAUGACUCAGAUAUAACUGAGAUAUAACUGAGAUAUAACUGAGAUAUAACUGAGAUAUAUCUGCGAUAUAUCUGCGAUAUAACUGAGAUAUAACUGAGCUAUAACUGAGCUAUAACUGAGAUAUAACCGCGAUAUAUCUGAGAUAUAACUGAGAUAUGACUGAGAAAUAUCUGAGAUAUAACUGAGAUAUAACUGAGAUAUAACUGCGAUAUAACUGAGAUAUAACUGAGAUAUGACUGAGAAAUAUCUGAGAUAUGACUGAGAAAUAUCUGAGAUAUGACUGAGAAAUAUCUGAGAUAUAACUGAGAUAUGACUGAGAAAUAUCUGAGAUAUAACUGAGAUAUGACUGAGAAAUAUAUGAGAUAUAACUGAGCUAUAACUGAGAUAUAACUGAGAUAUAUCUGAGAUAUAUCUGAGAUAUAUCUGCGAUAUAACUGAGAUAUAACUGAGCUAUAACUGAGAUAUAACUGAGAUAUAACUGAGAUAUAACCGCAAUAUAUCUGAGAUAUAACUGAGAUAUGACUGAGAAAUAUCUGAGAUAUAACUGAUAUAUAACUGAGAUAUAACUGAGAUAUAACUGAGAUAUAUCUGAGAUAUAACUGAGAUAUGACUGAGAAAUGACUGAGAAAUAUAUGAGAUAUAACUGAGAUAUAACUGCGAUAUAACUGAGAUAUAACUGAGAUAUAACUGAGAUAUAACUGAGAUAUAACUGCGAUAUAACUGCGAUAUAACUGAGCUAUAACUGAGAUAUAACUGAGAUAUAUCUAAGAAAUAUCUGAGCUAUAACUGAGAUGACUGAGAUAUAACUGAGCUAUAACUGAGCUAUAACUGAGAUAUAACUGAGAUAUAACUGAGAAAUAACUGAGCCUCAGUGCAGCAUGUGUAUUAUCUUCUCCAGUUACACAUCUCACAUCCUGUGGCUAGAGUGUUUUGAGUUGAGGUACAGUAGCUAUAUAAUACACUAGUCCAAUCUUAUGGAUGGGGUAAGGUGGCGUGUGUAUGCGUGUGCAUGUGUAUGUGGGUGGUUGUGCAUGUGAAUGGGUGGGGUAUGCAAAUGUGUGUGCUUGCGUGUGUGCGUUCCAGGCUCAUGAGAUUUGGUGCAAUAGUGUAAUGAUGAUAUGCAAUGAGACCGGGUUUGGGUGUCUUCGAAGAUAUACAAUAAUACGUUCUAGGUAUGAUAUAUAAGUAUAAUAAUAUCUUUGCACUGACAGCAUUAACACAGGUUUUAAUAGGGGGAGUGAGAAUAAGACUAAAUACAAUCUGGAUUCCAGGGGUUUACAGACACUCGUUUGUAUUUCUAACCAUUUGUUUAGAACUUUUGAUUUGACGUUUAAAGGGUGAAGUUACUGGUGGAAGUGACCGUUAAUAUUUGUUGUUCUUUGAUUUUGGGGCUCACUUGCUUUUCCCCCCGUGAGAGAUGGAAAGUGGUCAUGUUUUGGAUUGAUUAUUUAUUAUUAAGUGCUCUCACUGUUUCAGUUGUAUUCACUUGGAAGUCUGUACAUUCUAAUUUGUAUCAUUUUAUUCUUCUUCAUUCAAAGAAAUGUCCGUUUUUGGGGAGUGGCCAGAACUGUUGUAAAUACAGAGGUGUGUGGGACGCUGUUGCAAUGCAUACUGCUAAUUGGACAUUAGAGAAACCAUCAGUCUCAGCACUGGUACCUGAGCCCACAGCCCUGCUACCCCCUCUAAUACACAGGAACACAUCACUUUGAGUGGGUCUCUCACACACACGCGCACACACACACACACAUUCUACAUGAAUGGAAUAAUAGUAUGUUAUUCAUUUCUUUAUUUGAAAAAUCAAAUGUAUUUCUUAUUCUCUGUCUCAGACAUCCAUAUCAUAGUGUGAUACUCCUAAACAAAAUAUAUAUAUAUACAUUUUUACUGAAUAGACUGAUGAUAAGAUUACAUCGAGGUCAACUGAUGCAGAACAUGUGUUUAAAAUGAUUUAUCUUGCAAAAGAUAUUUAACAAUGACAAUAUCAAGCAAACUAAUAUGUUUCAUUUAAGUGAAUCGCUUGUUGUAAAUUAGCUAUAAAGACAAGACAAUUAAUUAAAAUAAGCUUUCUGGA